AUGGACGAUCAGCUGCAAUAUUUUGAACAGUUAAAUAGCUUUCAAGUCGCGAAUCCACGCUGCCAUUCGUGCUCAAAGGCUUUCGUCAAUGAAGGCGAUCUUCGAGCGCAUCUGCGAGAGGAAUGUACAGAGACUAUGCCAAUUGCAGAGAUUGAUUAUUUGAGAAGCGCGAGCAACGACAUCGCCGUAUCUCAGAACCUUUGGUAUGGUGACCAAAAUUCAAAUGCCAAUGAAAGACAGCAAAAUACUUUUUCUGUUCACGCUGAACCCUCCCAUCACCUUCUCAACGAUGUCCACGAUAUUAAAGAGAACGGCAGUGAAGAAGACGCUGCUUAUGAUGAAGACGGCGUAGGCGACGAUUCCAUGUCCGCUCUUCCACCAGCCAUGAGGCCUACCGUUGCUCCUAUUUUCCAAGACCAGACUCUGGGAUUCAGGAUGAUUGAGUCUCCAGACACUCAGAUCAAGGGCGAGAACAUGAUGGCUAGGAGAUCAAAUUUCCCUGCUUACGAUGAGUCUAAGUACAAUACCGCUGAGGAGGCAAUGGCCCAUGCACUCUCCCAGGUUCCAGACCAGGCUGAUCCCCGUCCUUUCAAAUGUCCAAACCCAGAGUGCUCAAAGACUUGGAAAAAUAGGAAUGGCUUGAAGUACCAUAUCAAUCACGGCAACUGCAACGGUGUACUCAAAACUCUCAGUCGCGACGAAGCUGCUGUUUCAGAACGUCCAUAUGCUUGUCCAGUCCCUGGUUGCAACAAGCGCUGGAAGAACGCCAACGGCUUCAGAUACCACAUGGAUCACUCAGGCGCACACGGAAGAUCAGCUAGGAGGUUGCAUGAGGCGUCAGGCGGUUUUGCUGGCAAGUCCAAUUUGCAAUCAGUCUCAACGCCACAACCAAAGCAACCAAAGGGUACGCGUCGCUCUUCUAGACGCUCCUCCAGGCGUAUUCAAUAUGAUGAAGAUGAAGAGGCUGCCGACGACGACGAUGUGGAAGAAGAAGAUGAUUAUGGUGACGAAGAAGAUGACGAUGAUGAUGAUGACGAUGUUGAAGAAGAGGACGAUGCGUAUGGGUAUCCGGAUGAUAAUGUUCCAUUCAAUGUACCCGAGCCAUCGACAUCUGCCUUGCCACAUCCCAACCAAGAUCAAAUACAUUUCCCUCCCUCAAUGCAGCAUCAUGGAAGUGAGAUUAGCAAUGCAAAAUCAUUCCCUACCAUUGAUAGGGGAUACGCUAAUGACAAUGGAGAUGGCAAAUCAUUCGAAGUAAACCCAGUGAAUCCGUUGCCGUCAUUCGAGCCAACACCUGAUCAUGGCCCAGUGAAUCAAUUGCCAUCAUUUGAACAAACGUCUCAUCAAGGUUCAGUGAUACAUGACCAGUCGCAACUUGACUCGCUGGAUUUCUCAGCUGUUGACGAAGCCAGCAUAAUGAACUCAAAGCAACCCGAAGAAUCAGUAAAUUAA